UGGAGGGCGGCCGGCGGAGGGGGCGGGACAACCGUCUGGCAGCCACCAAGUGGGUCCGCGGGCUUGUGAGGUGGCCUCGGUCAGGCCCAGUGGCUGAGGUCACCCGCGAUGCCGAGGCCAGAGCCGGCAGCCUCGCCCCUCUGAGCAGCUCUCGGCGCGGAAGGCUCAGAGAACGGCUAUGGCGGAGUCCUCCGCGCCCGGGCGCAGCGAGUCCCCAGGCAGCGGGAGCCUGGAGGACGAGACGGGGGAGGAGGAGGAAGAGCGGGAGCCGCUGCUGCCGCGGAUCGCCUGGGCCCCGCCGCGGAGGGGCGCGCCGGGGGUCGCCGUGAGGCUGGUGGAGGCUGGAGGCGAGGAGGGCGCGGCCUUCCCUCUCGAGGCUGGCGAUGAGGAACCGCUGCUCCCGCACAGGGACGCGCCGCGCUGCCCCUCCCGGGGCCCAAGAGGCCUCCGGAACUCGCCAACCGACCCGGACCGGAUCCGCCCCGUGGGUUCAGAGUUGAACACAUUCUUGGAUGAUCCUGAAUUUGCUGAUACUAUAUUGAAAGCAGAGCAAGCAAUAGAAUAUGGAGUUUUUCCAGAAAGAAUCUCUCAAGGUUCAAGUGGAAGUUACUUUGUGAAGGAUCCUAAGAGGAAAAUUAUUGGUGUGUUUAAACCAAAGUCAGAAGAGCCUUAUGGUCAACUGAAUCCAAAGUGGUCCAAAUAUGUUCAUAAGGUCUGCUGUCCUUGCUGCUUUGGUAGAGGCUGCCUGCUUCCAAAUCAGGGAUACCUUUCCGAAGCUGGUGCCUCCCUUGUGGAUGGAAAGCUUCAUCUGGGCAUUGUACCUAAAACAAGGGUGGUUUGGCUUGUCAGUGAGACAUUUAACUACAGUACAAUUGACCGUGCAAAAUCUAGAGGCAAAAAGUAUGCUUUAGAGAAAGUGCCAAAAGUAGGUAGAAAAUUCCAUCGGAUAGGACUCCCUCCUAAGAUUGGUUCCUUUCAGCUGUUUGUUGAAGGUUACAAGGAGGCUGAAUAUUGGCUUAGGAAAUUUGAAUCUGACCCUUUGCCUGAGAAUAUUAGAAAACAAUUUCAGUCACAGUUUGAAAGAUUGGUUAUUUUGGAUUACAUCAUCAGAAAUACAGACAGAGGAAAUGAUAAUUGGUUAAUCAGAUAUGAAAAGGAGAAACAUGGAAAGGAAAUUAAGGAAGCAACAUGGAUUGAUGACAAAGAAUUGCUUAUUAAAAUAGCUGCAAUUGAUAAUGGUCUAGCAUUUCCUUUUAAACAUCCUGAUGAGUGGAGAGCAUAUCCAUUUCACUGGGCUUGGCUUCCUCAAGCAAAAGUUCCUUUUUCUGAAGAAACGAGAAAUUUGAUUCUACCAAAUAUUUCUGACAUGAACUUUGUGCAAGAUUUAUGUGAAGAUCUUUAUGAACUUUUUAAGACUGACAAAAGAUUUGACAAAGCCACUUUUGAAAGUCAGAUGUCUGUGAUGAGGGGUCAGAUCUUAAAUCUCACUCAGGCCUUGAGAGAUGAAAAGAGUCCUGUCCAGCUGGUGCAGAUGCCUUGUGUGAUUGUGGAGCGCAGUAAAGGUGGCAGUCAGGGCCGGAUUGUCCACCUCAGCAAUUCCUUCACCCAGACUGUCCAUUGCAGGAAGCCAUUUUUUUCCUCCUGGUAGCAGAUGUAAGAGUAAGAGAAACAAACUGUUUGGUGUUAUUGCAUUACUAAAACAUUCCAGUAGUAUAAAUCUGUUAAGAGCUCCAUCUGCCAAAACCUUGAAUAAUGUCAGUCUUUAAAAGGUUAUCUUUGAAUGUAAUCAAAAGUUUACAGUUUUUUUUCCAAAUAUUAAAUUUCUAUUUCAGGGAAGAAGUGAUAUAUCUCCUAUAUUGUAUUUUUGUAGAAAAUUUUUAUUUUAUGUCGAUGUUAGUCUAAAAGGUAAUUUCAUGGUUUACACUUUCUGAAAUGAUAGUAAUUACUUUAGAAUUCCAGGUAGAUAGGUAUUUGUUGACUUUGAAUACAGUAAUUUUCUAUAUACUUUUUAAAUAUUGAGAAGAGUUUUCAUGCUAACUCUUCUUACAUUAUAAAAGGCCUUUGAGGGGGAAACUGCUCUUAUGAACUUUAACAGAGUAGCUGAUAGAAAAACAUGU